AUGGCAAGAACCCUCAAGUUUGAAGCUGGCCGUGCAUUUGCAGGCCAAGAAGGAGAGAGACCGCUGGACCUGUUCUUCGACUACCGCGAAACCAUCGAGGACAUCAAAAUGCCAGAGUCUAUGAUCAACCCGUACACCAUCACGAUCAAGUCGUUAAGACAGGCCGCCCAAGACUUCAGUGCUAAAGCGCCUAAAGCAAGAUUCGCCCUCCUCCGCCUCUGGUCCGCACCGCAUUUCUACCCGUUCAUGAUGGGCCUCAACAACAGGGACCUCACUAUCUUCCGCGACGGUAUCGGACGCAUGUGGGUCUGGAAGUUUAUGUGUAAAGAUAUGGCGUAUUCGGAGUACAGUGUACACAAAAACAUGACCGCGAGGCUGGAACAGAUGCAGCGCCAACUUGGAUCAGACAGCCACAAGUUCCAAGUACGGAAGGACGUCGUGCUCGUUAUGGGUAGAGAUGAAGACGAGUUGUUGAAACUUGCGGCGGCCGCGACUUUCAGUGUUCAGACCCAGCCGUGGAGACUCGAGAUCGAUUUCUGGAAGAGCUUUGUCAAUGUCGAUGUCAAGUUCCUUGACGGCCUGCAGGACGAAUGGUGGGCUUGA